AGGACUGUAAUUUUUGCUCCUUUUAUUUGACGUACAACCUGAAAAUUGUGAAUACCAUUAUAGUUGCUGUGCAAACUGGCUGCUGAAGGUAUGCUUGAAGAGGUUCUAAAGGAGAACAAAUUGAAAACAUAAGACUAAGUAGUUUUUGCGCUCGGUUCGAAACGAGGUCCUCGAGUUGUCUGAUGCUCAACAGUAUCACGAAGUAGUAUAGUAAGCUGAUCAAUACACAUUAAGAUUUAAGAAAAAUACUUAAGACUUUAAUAUAUGUAUAGAACACUGAAUUAGCUAUUCUCAAUACUCAAAAUGUAAGUUCUAAGUUAUAUGUACCUCAUUUUUCUCUCCUACAUUUAAGAAAACGAAAAGCUUUCGGACCAUACAGUCAAUUUUCCGGCGUCAUACCAUAAAUCCCUAGGACAGCUAUCUAAUGCCCUUACGUGCAAGAGUCCGCGGUGAGAGUGGGGCGUGCGAGAAAGAUUUCCAUUGUAGACAACAUUCGCGUUCAAUAAGGGUGUGAUAUAUUUACAUUUACCAGAAUUCCUGUUCAUGCCGGAUAGACAAAUCGUUAAUCCGACGAAACAUUAAGGCGUUUUAAAGGAGAGUGUUGACUGUAUUAAACAUUAGUUCUAGAACUGAUCCAUAGAGUGGGAAAAUUAUAAUCCAUUUGAUUUACUGGAUCUUAGGCCCCGCUUAUAUGAAGAAAACCUGUCCCGGAAAGAAAGGUGACCCUCCGGCCCAGCCAAGUCAACUUUGGAGAGUGUUUAUACGUAUGAGAAGGAAGUCUACCCCUUUGCUCGAGCUAACAGCGAUCGCUCUGAUUGCGUAAUCCAGCGCUCGCUUAAGCGCUCGCGCAUUCUCUGGGCUCGACUUGACCGAGGUGACCCGGCUGGGCGAGCCAAAGUGUUUAUAUGGAGAAACGUUGGCCCUGCUAGGAGUACUAAUGUGACUCUACCAUCACAAAAGGGUGACCCGGCUAAGCGAGUUAGCCUUCUAGCCGAGCCAACUUUUUGUUUUUUAUUUCGACAUGUAAACCGCGGCGGUUCUACUCGGGAUAACUUUUCUCCAUAUAUAAACGGCACCUUUUGAACGCAUAUUAGUGUUGCAUCAACAUUUCUUGGGUAACCCAUGCAUUUGAUGGAGGAAAACGAUGUACCAACAUUAUUGCACCAUACCAUAGGCACUUAAGCGGGCAAUAAUCUCUAUGUCUAUUUAUAUCACAAUGAUGAUGUCGAUGGCCAUGAAGUCGAUAGAGAUGAUGAUCAUGAUGACGAUGAUGAUAUAAGUCGAUCUUGAUGAUAUUGAUGAUCACAGUGGUGCAACUACGACGAUGCUAAUGGCUUAAUUAAUGGCCGAUGAUUAAUCAUAACAAUGUACUAGCUCAACAGCUGCAGGUUUUUGUGUGUGUGUCUGUUGCCGUUGUUGUUGUCGUUUUCAAUUAUAUUUUGAUGAUAAUCAAUCAUUUCUGCAGGCUUUACAAUUGGUGUCAAGUUGAAAUCAUGAUUAUGAAUUCAAACAACGCUCAUCUACUUUCUUACCUCGUCCUGCUGUUUUGUGCUAUAAUGAGAGUCACAGCAAUCAAGGACUCGCGCGGAGGACUGGAAAUUAAGGAUUUCAAACUCUGUGGUAAGACUAAUCAUAGCAAACCAGGCGAACCAAACAAACCACAGGCGUUUAUAUUUUCAAUAAAAAUUGGUGACUGGUUAAUGUAAAGAGCCUGGUCUCUCUUGUUCGUUGACUACAUAACCAAGCCUGCCAGGAUUACCGGGAACACCCCGGUUAACCAAACUUUUUUAGCCUUGAGGUUAAAGUGUAGUUAAGCUCAGUUUGAAAGUCAGCAAAACCUGGUUUAUUGAAACUGACUUGUACCCAUGGCUCCAUUAGGGUACGGGAUUGCAGAACACUUCAUAAAUACACGUAUGCAUCUAAUUGAAUUAAAAAAGAAUAACAUAACAGCUGGCGAGAGCAUUUGUUAAAUGUUAAAUGCCUCAGUAAGAUAUCUUCCCGCAAUCUCCCACCUCACUCUACCCUGUUCACCUACAGCUAAAAUUCAUACCUGGCUACUUAAUGCUAGCCUGCGUUAAGAGAAAGAAUUCCUUCAAGGCCAGAAUUUGCUUGUAAAUUUGCCGACUGGUUUUCCAGCGUCUUCCAAUCGCUGCAGAUGCUCUACUGCGUAUUCUGCAAUCUAGCCGACAGUUCUAGCGUCGAAACAAAUCAGGAAAUCAUUAUGUUCACGGCCAAAAAUAAAACUACACAAAACGAGAGCAAGAAAAAGCGGACUCUAAGUAUAAGGUCACGUUUCAUCAUAUCACGAGCUCAAUCUCUCUUGUCACGAGCUAUUAGUCGUGUUUGGCUUUUCAACACCUAAUUCAAAUCGGACUAAUCACAAACUGCGUAAGAAACUAGCCAAUCAAAAACGGCGACAUAUGUCCUUGCGACUCUGCGGGAUUCGAACACGAUAUUGUGCACUAAUUCGCAGAUGCUCCAUACAGAAGGUUUAGAACGUCUGCGACGCAGGCAACGUAAUGCAAAAGAUGUCAAAACAGUUUCCCCUCCCCCUCCCCCUUGCCUAAAAAAGGAAGAAGAUAGAACAAAAUAAUGACUGAUUUAAUGUAUUUUUUUUCUGGGCUAUCUUAUCAGUAGUUAAGAUCGCGUGUGCAUCCACUUGUAUCUUUACUAGUAAUACUUCUUAACUACAUAAAGUCGCACAUCAAGAGGAGUCACACAAUGGCCCCAUUGGGAGUAAGAUCAAAUGCACCAUCCUUGACCUGUGUAUUGCAACCCGAAUGUUGUCACGCCAACUUCCUUAAGCGUUACACACACUAAGAAUAAAUAUCACUAUUCGUAAAGAAGGCAUAAAAUCAUAUUUCCAAGCAAAUAUCCCAUUAAAUUUUUAAAUUCUAAAACACUACUGAUUUGUCGUUAAAGCCCCUAGAGAUAUACGACUGGACUUUCCAAAAAUCAUCAAAACUAUAAUUACCUGAUAAUUACCAUUGUCUUAAAAGUUUAAGUUUUGUUUUAAAAUUCAAGAAGAGCAAGUGAAGAGCUAAUACAAUUCUGACCUUCACUUCGAUAUUGCUAACUUAAUUCCACUAUGUCGACUACUGGAAUCAGAUAGCAAUAGCAUUGCAAGCCCGGCUUUUGAUCUUCCCUUCGACGGGAUACUGGGGCCAGGUCAUUUAAGUUUAAAAACCAAACGUUUGGAUUCUUGGGGCAAUCUUUGGAAGAUGGCAACUUAUACCAUUCAUAUUAAAUCCGCGAUCUUCAUUGCCAGUCCUCCUUGUGUAUGAAUAAUUUUUUUUUCUAUAAUCUGUCAUCAUUACAUAAUCGGCAAAAAAUGGUCCUAAAUCAAAAAUGAGGGAUUUAAUUUUACUGUCUUUCAACAACUGACAACAUUUAAAAGCUGAUGGAAUGUUUUACGUGUUGGGUUUUCAAAGCCAUCUUUGAGAAUGACUCACCUAUUUUGUACUUCUGGAAAGAGACUCUUGCAUGAGAUGAAGUUUUGCACCAAUUUCCUUAACAAUGCUUGUAGACUUCAUAAAAUCAGUACUCUUUUCUAGGGCCCAGUAAUCCAAGCAACACAGAAAUCAAACUUUCUCCUUGGCCAUUCAUACCAUCUAAAGCACUAUUCAACCUCACUAUUGCAUUCACCUCAGGUAAGACCUUAGUUGAUCUCAUUGAUGAGUUGUUACUUCUUUUGAUUGUGCUACCUAGAACAUAUACAAAAAAGUGGUUUAUUCAAAUGACAGCUUUAUACACUUCCGUGUUUUUUUGUUUUUUUUUUCUCAGUUUUAGAAAAGGACCAGUUAACUAAGCUCUGUAAAAAAUCAAUUAGUAAACUUGGAUCCAACUUUGAAAAAAUAUCGGGACUUGGGUGGGGUCCCGAAAAAGUCGCGAAAUUUUUCAGACGAUGUUGUGUGAUGAGAGGAAAGUUUAUCCACCUCCCCCCCCCCCCCCCCCCCCCCCCCCCCCCCAACCACCCCUCAACCACACACCAACUUAACCCAAUUAAAACCUCUCCACUGUCUACAACACAUAUUUAAUUACACGCAACAAAAAAACAUAAUAAACAAAAAAACACCAUGAACCACUGCAACAAACCAGAUUAGAGAAAUAAAAAUCAUUAAAAAAUAAAUUUAGUAAAGUUGAAACAAAAUUGAAAAAAAAUGGCGACUUGUGUGGGGUCCAGAAAAAAUUUCGAAAAUUUUCCAAAGCAUUUUUGUUAAAAGAGGAAAAUUUUUCCCCCCCCCCCCCCCCCCCUCCCCCAUUCCCCAUACAAACAAACGUUUAUCAAAAUGACAGAUUAACUGAUUUUAAGGCUUUCCAGUGUUAUCGAAGAAUUUUUGCUGACUGGUCAAUGUCAAAAGUUAUAAGAAAUAACCUUGGAGGACUCUGUUGCAACAUCAUGAUCAGACGCACACUUUUAAACACUGUAACUAACACUGUUCUCUAACUGUUCAAUAUCUUUUCAAAAGCUGAGGACAUUUUUGCCGUGACAUCAGAGUACAUAUUGUUGUCAGAACCGGACGGUCGAAUACUAGCAAGGGGGAAGGAUGACAUGUGUCGCAAGAAUUUGAACUUAUGCACCUUAGCGGCAGGUGGUAAGUAUAAAACAAUAACUCAAAUAAUCAAAACAAAACCCAUAAAUACUCCGUGAGCAUAUUGCCCUGAUAAAUGCAAAGAUUAAAUCACUUCUAAUGGAUGGACCUUAUCAAACCUGGUAAAAUUUCCUAACUGAAACGGGGGAGGGAUUUGGAUGAUUGAAGCAAUUAAAUACUUAUUAAGAUGAACGUUUUAUAUAAAGAAUAUUAAGAACGUUAUAUAAAAACGAAUAUCUGAAAAGCACAAUCAUGGGAAAAAGCCAAAAGAGAUGUUCAGCCCAAAACUAACAAAAAGUCGUCCAUACAAGUUAGUAUAGGUCAGAGCCUUCGAUUGUUGACCAGGUAAUUUUAGGUUUUUGUUUGACCCAAAAAGUCAAAUUAUGACGUCACAAGGGCUGACGUCACCAAAUUGGGUUAAAUAAUUUUUUUAAUUUCAACAUCAAACUUAUAUUAUCUGAAAGAGAAUUAGAUUGGAAGUAAAACCGUUUCUCGCUACGGCAAGUGGGAGUCGAGUUAUGGGAUUUAAAAUAUAUCUUAUUGCACCCCCAGGAACCAUAUUUUUACUUCGGCGGAGCGCGAAGUAAAAGAUUCGCGACGCUCAGGAAUGUGUCAAAGUUGCAAUUUUUUGACAAGAUUGGGCAAGCAAAGUCUGUAGAUUUUCGGCUCUAUUCGGCUAUUUGACGAAGUGAGAGCCGAAUCAGUUCGAGAUAUCUCGAGAUCACUUGGGAUUUCUUUAAUUUAUUCUUUAUUUUUUGCGAGGAAGAAAGAAUUACUAUUUUGGCCUUCCGGGGUUUGAACCGACUCACCUGUGUGACCCGUCAGAUCGGAGGAGACUCUAAGUUGAGAGAUUAGCCGAUUGCGCUACUGCGACCCAAGGUAGUUUGGGCUUUGAAAAAUAGUUAUGAAAUAAUGCACUAGUUUCGGGACAAGAUUGGGCGUGCAAGUUCGUGACUUUUCGGCUUGUUUCAACUGUUUCACGAAAUAAGUUCGGACUACUUUAUGAUAUCUUGAGAUCACUUCGAGUUAGUUCUUAAUUACUCGAGGAAUAAAUAGAGGAUAUUUCGUGGCCGCGCAGAAACACGAAAUUUCUCUUCGAGUGUUGAAAAACAUUUCACGAGUGAGCCCUCCUUUCGAACUGUUUUAUGAUGAAUUUAAAGUUACAAAAUGCUGCACAAAGACAUUUUGUCUUUGUUGAGUGUUACGUAGUAAAAUUGCUUUCAUGCGUUGCGUGACUUUCUCGAACGUUCUCUACGUUUUUGGAUUAGCCAUGAAUAAUUAAUUAGGGCAUGUUUACAUUUCUGCAUGAGUCAGCAGAUUUGCAUUAGUUACUGAAAUCAUAAAAUAUGUCGAAAAGCUACUACUAUUCGCCUGUUUAGUAUUUUCUACAACCUUAUGUCAAACGGUAUACAAGUUCCAAGCGAGUUCCUUUUGACAAACUAAGUUUUUUCCCACGAGCUGGAUUGCUGUGUUUAGUCAAGUGUGACGAACGUCGAUUUUCAGGUUCUGUGUUUACAAGUUCGCGGAAGCCGUAAGAUAUAUAUCUGAAGUUCAAGUGAGAGUUUGUUAUUUCUGGUAGAGGCUGUUUAGUUUUACGCAAAGUUCAAGUCAAGUUUGUGUUGGCGGAUGCUGUGUUUUAAAGCUCUGUAAAGGCUAUGUUCCUUUGGUGUUAAACUUCCUUGUGUUAAUCCGACAUCCCUGCGUGCUGAUAGUCAGUGAAUAAUUAUCCUCAAAACAUUCGAACUCGUGACUUUGAGUUUUAGCCAAUUCCAUGCUCAAUGUAAUUGACUCCUUACCCAUGCCUUACAUAUCUUUAAUCAGUACAUGAGACUGCUAUGCUGUUUUUGAAGCCUGAUGUGACUAAGAAAAAUAGAGAAUUGUUUUUUAGAAGGAUUUGUAUGGAGUCAUCAGAGCAUAACUGGGCUAAUAUCGCGGAGACAAUUUGUCCUGAAAUGCUAGUUUUUGGCAAGUAGGCCUCUUGGAUGUUGCUCUUUUCAGAAUAUCCUGACAAAUCCCAUAAUUUCACACCUUACUCUUACCAUAUUUGAUUUCCUACUGUUCCUCCGCAUUUACAAUUAAUUAGUUCCACAACCACGACGCCGAAGUGUACGCUAGCUCCGUAGCGUCUUGUUUUCCUUAAAAUCGAACCCUUUGGUUUACUUUUUACACUUUUUUGCAAAAUAAGCUGAUUUUCCGGUAACAUAAAUCUUUUAUAGUUGCUAAAAAUCGUAUCGUUUUAGAUUUUCGUUUUUUGACGCAAAAACGCAAAUUGAGGCAAAACAAAAAUAAUCACGUUACCUCACGUUACCGUCAAAAUAUACGCCAAAUUGAUUGGCUCAAUAUUUUGGUAAAGAAAACGUUAGAGCCAACAAAGUUAUUGUAAAUAAACCCGAAUUGAGGUGAUUUUCCCCCAGUGUGAUUUAACUACGUUUAUUACUAUUAUUAUUAUUAUUACUAUAAAACUUUUUUUAAGAACUUUUUUUUAAAGAAAUAGGAAUUUAGGAAUACGAGAUUUUAUACUUUUUAACUUGUUUUUUUUUAAUAUCAGAGAUGGAUGAUUCCUUUUUGUAAUGACUUAAUUUAAAACUCUGGACCGCCUGCAAGAGUUAUUGAUCGCAUCUGAGCAGCAAGGACUGAUUUGGGAAAUCGUUAUUGACACAGUGAUUGUAUUUUUAUGAUUCAUAUAAUUCUUAAUGUUAUAUAGUGCUUAAUUCUUACUUCAAAUAUUUCUGUAAAUUAUGUACAUAUUUUUAAAGUUGAAUAAAAUUAUUAUUAUUAUUAUUGUUAUUAUUAUUAUUAUUAUUAUUAUUAUUAUUAUUAUCAUUAUUAUUCUUUGUUUAUCCUUGGGUAGAAAAGUAUGUCUACAAGUAUACCGAUAUAAUGAGAGCUUUCCCACCUGGUUUCAAGGUAAAUAUAGCCCUUUUUUUCCAUCAGCAACUACUUAAAGACGCUAUAUCACGCUAUUUGCUAUGAAUCUUUUUAAAAAUGCUAAAACUUUAUCAAUUACAUUCUGUGAAUUCCAAAGAUUUUGGUGCAGUUUUGUUAUUUGAGACUAUAUACUUCGACAGACCUCUCGUCUGCUCGGCAAAGGAUUCAGUCAAGGAUGGACAUGCAGGCUCCCGACGUGGAUUGAAACUUGAAAAAGUUGGGCCCACUUUUUGAAGAUUUAAUCUGCCUGCAAAAAUAACCAAACAAUUUAUUAUGGUUCAGUGCGCACUGAUAAAGUUUGUUUGAUAUAUUUUUUACAGCUCUACAGGAGCAUUUCGUGUAUGGAAAACCCAGGGGGAUUACUCAACAAAUGUUUAUACGGGGAGGCUCAGCCCCGAGGUCCAACCCCUUAUAUGAUGUUUUCCCAUGGUUAAUGCAUGGGUACCCUUCUAUAUAUCAUUUUUCACGAAAAACGUACUCCUUUCCUAUAAAACAACCUGUCGUCGCUUUCCGCCGUUCACCAAACCUUCGUGACAUACACUCGUUCGUGCGAAACUCGCCAACAUCGACAACACAUCCAAGCCCCCUGCCAGCACAUUCCGUUAGUUGCAACUCCAGACAUGGCUGCCUCACCUCACUUUCAACAACACAGGAGAAACAAGACAAAUUAAACAUCACAUUACUUGUGACUCAACAAACCUAACAUAUAUGAUCCAAUGUAAAAGAUGCUAAAGACAAUAUAUAGGUGAAACUAAACGCACACUUCGUGAACGCUUUAACCCUUUAAGCCCCAGUAUCAACAUACAAAUUCUCCAAACUGAUCUCCAUACAUUUCCUUAAAGAAUGAGUUGAGAGAAUUUGAUAAUAGAUCAAGGCAUUUUCUCUUCGGUGAUCAUUUUAUUCAUUCUCAUAACGUAUCUUUUGACAGUGUACGGAUAUUGUUAGGAGAAAAUUGAUCUUGGUCACUAUUGGGACUUAAAGGGUUAAAGAACAUAGACAAGCAACAAACAAUCCACUCCACGCAACCGCCACAGCCGCAGUCCCUUCUCACUUUAAUCAACCUGGCCACUCGAUCGCAGACAUGGAACUUAUUCUGCUUGAAUUGCAACCCACCCUCAGCAUGUCACGCCGUAAGGCAAGAGAAGCAUACCUCAUAGAUGGAGGCAAAACCCUGUUACCAGACGGUCGUAACCGAAGGAAUGAACAUUGAACUGUUUCUAUUUCUAUUUUUAAUGUAUAAUCAUUUACCUUUAUAUUAUUCUAUUUAGUAUUUAUAAUUGCAGUUAAUUAUUAACCACUUAUUUGAAUUUUCAAGAGGAACCAAUCAGUUACAUUCACGUGUUGCGUGGACCUCUGCAUUCAAAUAGUUUUUCCUUUCGUAUAUACCUUCUAUUGACAAAUGAUAUUCCUUUCACAUGCCUUGUUUAAAACUUUGUAUCCCUUAUAACUGCUUUAAAUGCACUGUCUUUUAAAUAGAAUUCAAUCAACAACAAUAGAACUUCUUUACGAAUUUAUGAAGCCAUAAAAUUCAUCUGUUAGCCCUUUUGGGCCCUUUUACAGACCCAAAUGACAGAUUUCCCUACCCUUUUAUAUACAUCAACUGGUGAAAUCCCUACUCUUUCAUAUACCUGAAGCCUGAAAAAACGGACAUCCCUCUCGGGCCGGCGGAGCCUUCCCGUAUGUAUAGGCGAACAUAGGGAGUACCCCCCCCCCCCCCCCCCCCCACCCCCCCCCUGACGGGGCUAACCACCAAAAAAAAAUAAACUCACCGAGCUACUUGCCUUAAUCCAAUCAUCUAACCCCUUUUCUCAGCAUUUGUCUUAUAUACUAUAUACUAAACAAUAACACAACACUAACUCUGUNACUGCUUAUCAUUUUUAAUUAUUUGUGUCACUGUGUUUACUUGUCUGAUAUUUCAGAUGACGGCGAGAGCAAAAGUAAAACUCUUCAAUGAGGAGCACAUCGCGUUUUUCUGUUUUGAAGCGUUGAUCACGAUCACAUGACAAGGAAGUCUUCAUCCAUUGGAUAACAGUAGUUCACAAUAACAGUCAGACAGGCAGAUCUGCAAAUGCGAUGUGGUAGGGGCUCUCUUAAGGCCGGGGAACACUCUCACAAGCGAGCAUCUCUAGAUCUACUUAGUUACGAACUCUAUGGUAAAACAAAUACGGACAAAAUAGCAGGGUUUAAUAUCAUAGGAAAUAGGGAUUUUCCCCGUUAAAAGCGAAAGAGUUUGUCAAAACUUCCAAAUCUAAUAAUUUUUUUAUCUCAAUGUAUGUAAUUCAACUAGACUAACCAUUUAGGGCGAAGUGAAGACUAAUUGUUUAAUUGAAACCCCGUUGAACUGA